AUGAAGGCAUCUCUGUCCUGGCUCCUCUACGCCACCACGGCCUCGGCGGCAGCGCAUCAGCACCCCCACGCUGGCCGAGCCGCUGCCGCCAUCGACGCCUCGACGAUCCAGGGCAAAUGGCUGUACGGCUAUCAGGGCUGGUUCCGCAAACCAGGACCCGGUGUGAACAACCACUGGUCCGCCGACGGCCAGACGCCGGGACCCAACAACAUCGAGAUUGACUUCAUCCCGGAUGUCAGCCAGUACCCGGCCAACUGUCUCUUCGACACGACCCUCACGCUGCCCAACGGCCAGCCGGCUCAGUUCUACGACAGCACUUGCGACGGUGUCAUCGACCUGCACUUUCAGUGGAUGCAGCAGUAUGGCAUUGACGGCGUGAUUGUGCAGAGAUUUUCUGGAUCCCUCAGUGACCAGUCCUUCAUCACGGUCCUCAACCAAGUUCAGGCCGCCGCUGAGAAGUACGGCCGCGGCUUCAUCGUCGAAUGGGAUGUCUCCGGUGCCGAUUCUUCCCAGGGCAGCGUCGCCUCGCUUGUGCUUAACGACUACAACUCCCAGAUCAAGCAGUACACCUCGUCCCCGGCCUACAUCCACCAGGACGGAAAGCCCGUCGUCAUGAUCUUUGGCAUCGGCUUCCAGGGCAUGAAGACCAGCGCCUCGGACAGCGUCGACAUUGCCACCCAGCUCCAGAAUGCCGGUGCGUACGUCGGAUUCGGCGUGCCAGAGCAGUGGGCGGACGAUGUCAACGGCAACACGGGCUAUGUCCAGGCGUUCAAGGCGGCGGACUUUAUCAGCCCCUGGACCGUCGGUGGCUACUCCGACGCUGGAUACUCGAGCUUCCACACCAACACCCAGAUCCCAGACUCUCAGCUUCUUCAGUCUCUCGGCAAGAAGUAUGCUCCCGUCAUCUUCCCCGGCACUUCAGCCUACCACCUCAACGGCAACACCAACCCUGCCGCCUAUGACUACUUCCCUCGCUACAACGGCACUUUCUUCUCCGCUCAGGCCGAUGCCCUGACCUCCAUGGACAUCAAGCCUCUGUUCAUCUUCAACGCCAUGUUUGACGAAGUCAACGAGGGUACCCAAAGCAUGCCGGCUCUCAAGAACAACCAGCUGCCCACCAACGCCAAGUUUGUUGGGCUUGACAACGACUUCCCCGACACGAGCUACUACCUGUCGCUGGGCGGCCAGAAGGCUGCCGCUUUCCACUCUGCUGCCGGUCCAUAG